UGUGGCCAGUCAAUUUCUGGCAGGAUCUCUCUCUGUUUGCUUGCUUCGGCUGUGUUCCUGGGUCUACCCCCCUUAAGAAAAUCACCACAUAUCUUCCGUUCCAGAAACUAAGGUCUGUUCCAGGUGCAGGAAUCUGAGCGGCCGGUGGACCCAGGAAGUCGUCAGCGAUGGAAGAGACCGCGACAACGAACUCGACCCGCACGAAGAAUUGGCGGGAAUCUCCAGAGGAGCUGAGGACAGUGUCUGUGCUGCAGGCGAUGCUGGCACAGCAGAGGGACGAAAUGGCGACGGCCCGAACGGCGCUCGACAGCGAACGGGCAGCCAUGAGGGCACUCAGGAGGGACACGGCGGCCGAGAUAAACGCAGCACGUAAGGAGGAGGUUGACAAGUACACGAACAUGCUGAGUGACCUCAAGUCCAGACUGAAGCGGGAUCACGAGGAAGCACUUCAGCGCCAAAAGGACGCCAUCACGAAGACUCUAAACAGCGAAAUGCUACGUUCACUGAAAGAAAAAGACGCAGAAAUGCGCCAAAAGCUCGCAGAAGCGCAAGAUCGAGAAGAGAUGCUCAAGUCUCAGGUCAGAGACGCCGUCCGUGCUAGCUGUGCGGCCAGCGAUUCCCAGCAAAGCGGCGCCAAGGGAGGAGACAUUCAAAAGGUCCAACAGGAGGUCACGGCACAGCGGUUGCAGAACAAACAGCUGGAGCAGAGGCUGCAGGUGGCGCUACAGGCGGACCGACAAAAAUCUUCUGAUCUCAGGUCGCAGCAUGAGCAACACGAGAUGCAAAUGAUGCAGCUGAGGAAGACCUCGCAACAGGAGAUACACAGACUCUUGGAGGAGCUGAAAUCCAAACAGCGGACGAUUUUGCAGCUGGAACGGCAGGUGAACCUACUGACAGGACGUAUGCAAAAGCACCAGGAGCAGCUGGUGGAAUGCCAACACGACCCUCGCCCCCGUGAGUGCGAGUAUCCCGAGGUAAACUGUGUGAGAGCCCGGGAGAGGCGCCUAGUCCACAAUCAAGUGGAACAUCAGGACAACAUGAAGAAGGUAGCGGAGACGCAGGCGCAGGAGAUGGUCGAAGAGGGUGACGGCCCAUUACACACAGAUCAUCAGCUGGAGACCCUUCGCAAUGAUAUUGAAGAGAGGGACAAAAUCAUUGAUAAACUGCAGCAGGCGGCAAGGGAGAAAAACAGAAGACUGGAUCAGCUAACGAAUAGACACAGAAAGGAACAGGCAAGGCAGUUUUACAGGCAGUUCAUGGAACUGGAGCCCGUGGCUGAACUGGAGGAGGACUCCAGUGCUGAAGAAGACUCCCUCACGUCAUCGGGUUCUCCCGUACCCUCGCCGAAGCCUUAUCCUGGUGACAUGUGGGCAGAACUGACUGACAAACAGUAUCACGAUACACUGUAUUCAUGCCUGCUUAAGGAGCACCUGGAGCUCCAACGUGAGUACCAGUUCUUGCAGACUCGACUCAAGAGAGAACUCGCAGAGCCAAACAGAAUUCGUUUGAGACUGGAGCAUGAAUUGGCUGCAUCUAGAACUCGUGUUCGGAAGCUCAAGAGAAUGCUUGCCGAAAAGGAAGGGGGAGAGGCUGUACUGACAGAGAGAAUAGCAGAGCUUGAAGCAGAAGCACACGACUUACACGAACAGAAUGAACUCCUGGAAUUCCGCAUCCUUGAACUGGAGGAAUGUCAAGAGAAUUCAUCCGUAAGAAGUCAUGGUCCAGACAUGCGGGACGUGUGGACCGACACAGAAAAUGAUGAUGUCAGUGACUCUGGCAUCCAGUCCCUCCCAUCCAGUGAAGACACCAGCAGUGACACUGACAUCAGCAUUCAUGAUGUUAAAACGGAAGUACGGAAGGAGGAACUAAAGGGCUGCCUACUUGAGAUUGCCAACUCAUCCUCCAGCAUUGCAGAUAGGUGUUGUCUGCAGCAAGUGUUGGCACUGCUGGAGAAGUAUGAGAUGUGCCUGGAAGAAGGGUCAUCCAAUGUGGCCAUGCAGGACAGACCAAAGGGGGGCAGAGCAUUACAAAAUCUGUCAGAGUCCAUGGGCAUCAAUGAUUCUUCAAAAUUCACCAGUCGAAUAAUAGCUACAGUUCUCCCCUUCACCGAUCAUAGUGUUGAUACAAACAAAGAUAUCAAUGAUGGAGAGAGAAAUGAGAUAAAGAAGCAACUUAAGAAUGCUGAAUGUUUGCAAGAGAGUGGAAUCUUCGAAGAGGCUGAAUAUAACUGUCAGGGAACUCAGACAGACAGCGUUAUUGCAGAACCUUUGAUUGAAGAGUUCAAAUCACCAUUUGAGACUGGAGUUGUGGGAGACCUGUGUGCAGAGAUCCAGAAGCUGAACGAAUUCCGGGAGCGUGUGGAAGAGGCUAGCAACUGUUGUGGUAAUAAGAGACUGCUCCGUGUGGGUGAAGUUCAGGGAGACCAACUGCCACCUGACACAAAAGAGCUGGAGUAUUGUCGGGAACGACUACAACUACUGGAGGACAAGGUUCGUGUGUAUGAAAGUAGUGGGGAAACACAGGCUCGCCUUCUUGCAGAGCGCCUGCAGAAGGAAGUUUGUCUCUCUGCUCAAGUAAAGGAACUCUCCACUAAAGUUCAACACCUCAUAAUGGAGAACAAGCGCCUAGAGGAAGAGAAGUGUGAGUUGGAGGAGGCCGAGAAUGAUGCACGGCUUAAGUGCCAGAAGUUGGAAGUGAAGCUUGUUGCUCUGAACAAGAAGAAGUGUGACCUGCAGGAACAGCUGCAAGAAGAGCACAGAACCAUAAACCAUCUGAGGAACAAACUAACUGAGAGUGAACAGAAAAUGCACGAAUCCAAGAGUCAGGUGAACUACCUAGAAGUCAUGUUGAACAAGUAUGAACAAAGAAACUAUGACCUGGAAGAGCAUGAGGUGGACCUGAAGCAUCGCUUGCAGAUGCUUGAGAAUUCAAUGCCUUUACUUCUUAUAUGGAAUAUGUGGAAACUCAUGCAAGUCACAGGAAUUUCCUGCACUGACACCAAUGCAGCAGUGACCAAUGCUCUUGUGAAGGUUAAGGGUAGGAACCACCUUGGUGAUAGACACAGAGACAGAUCAAACAGUUCACUCAAGCUCUCAGUUGGAGAGUGUCCUCCUUGCCUAGACACACCAGAAUCCUCCACACUUCAAGAUAAUGAACAGGAACAACAAAGAAUCCUGAUUGAAAAAAACAAAGAAGAAAAAAUGUGGUGGGUGACUGAAGAACAGCUACAGUCUAGGCUUCAAGUCCUAGAAACACAGGCAGGAUCUCUGAAUGCAGCUAUACACUGUUACAAAGAAUCUGAAGAAAAAUACAAGAAAAGAAUUACAGAACUGGAGAAUGAGCUUCAUGCCAUGAAGAGUGGAUUGCAGGUCCCAGGUAUCAAUACUGCAUCUGAAUUGGCACCUAAGACGAAGAUUGAGAUCCAAAUAAGCCAGAAUCAAUUGUCUAAGUGCCGGUCUGUAUGUUGUGAGGAAAUCGAGUGCAUGAAGAAGCUGCAAGAACUAGUACAAUCUGAAAAUGACAUGAAGGAACAUAUCAAUCAGCUGGAGAAGGCCUACAUGGAGACGCUACAGCAGGCAGACAAAAUGUGGUCUGAGAUGGAAAAUUCGUUCAAGAGACGCAUUUCUGAUGCCGAACACAACGAGGCUGUGAUGACUGAGAAGGUUAGAAAGUUAGAAGAGAGCGAGACAAAACUCCGACAGGCAUUCCAGCACAAUGAGGAGAAUGAGAUGCUGAUGGAAAAAAUCCAGAACAUGGAGAAAUGUGAGAAGAGGUCUGCAGAAAGAAUUCACAUCCUUGAAGCAGAAAAGCAUCAACUUACUGAAGAAAUAAAUCACCUCCGUGAGGCACUCCAGUCUAUGCAGAUGGAACUGAACAAAACAAAAGAAAUGGUAGCUGGACCACUGAAGGAAGAGCUCCUGAAGGAACGCAAGUUGUCUAGAAGCCUACACGAUGAGAUAAGCACAAUGGAAAAAGAGUCACAUGAUAGAUCAAAUGCUCAACAGACACAGAUAAAUUGCCUGAAAGUACAACUGAGCAAGACAUCCCGAGAUCUGGUAGACUUGGAGUGUACCAAUGGUGAGCUGAAGGAAGAAGUGGAGACGUUAGAGGCUAAAGUAUCAGAACUGAAGGGCAUUAUUGAACAACAAAAGCAGAAUGAAGAAAAGUUAAUCAUACAAAUGUCUCAAACAAUCCUAAACAAAGAACAAGAACUGGAGGAAACAAGGCGGGAAAUGAGAUUCUCGUUAACUCCUAACGCCCAGAAGGAACUGAAUGAUGUGGAUAACUGUGUCCUGCAGAACAACGGAGUGGAUGCAGUGAAGAAAGAAGAAAUCCUUACACCAGCAGAGAUGGUACAAAAUAUGCCUACUCUAACACCAGAAGAGGCCCAUCACGAAGCAGUACAACCACAAGACAGCCUUUCACCUGAAACAGAGUAUUCUUCAAAACAGAUCUUUGUCAAUGGUUCUUUGGCACACAGGGUUUGCAGUCCAUCCCUCAACAAGGCUAUUUUGCAGCGCCCAGACUUCAGCUACAAGGUUGAGAUCACAAUGUAUGUGCUUACUCCCCAAGGACACUGUUCUGAGCCAGCCUCUAUCAUCUUUCAGGAACCCGAAAACAAGAAUGAUAUCAGGAACAUGAAGUACGACUGACAGCCCCUGGAUUUCACCACAAGCACGAGAUGUUUCUGACAAAUCUAGUCCACUACAAAUAAUUCCAUUUUAUCGACUAUUAAAACAUAACAAGUGUAGAUGUCCACGUUUUCUACAUACAUUUCAACGAAUGUGUCAGCUUUCGAUCCUACAUUAGAUAUGUGUGAUGACUAAAACACAAACUAGAACACAUCAAUAUGCUCUGUGCACAUGUGUGUGUAUGUGAGAUACAACAUUAAAUAUAAAUUUCUAAACAUAUCAGUUAGUUCUAAUGUCAGAUACCGUCAGCAGUUAUAUUUCAGAGUUCAGCUGUAUAUCAUUGCCUGGUAAGACCAGUAACUUAACACUUUUGUGCCACAUUAUUUUUAUAUUAAUUAUAAUUAGAUUUUUAUAAUAAAGUUACAGUUUAACCAAAAA